GAAAGAGGAAGUCUAACAAUGGAAAAAGAUUAGGUUAAAGGUGUGAAAAGGUGUAAAAAGGUAUUCAUCUCAUAUUUUAGAGCAAUGGGAGAUCAAAAUGACGCUAUGCAACGUGCCUUUCUUAAACAUUUGUACAAGUCCAGAUGUAAGCUUCAAGAAGAAGAAGACACUACGAAAUUAAUUGAAUCAUGCGUGAGGGAUUUUGUCGCUAAAACGUGUAAUCUGGUUGGAGAAGCAAAGCCAGUUUUCAAAAUUUCGCAAAUCAUUCCCUCUGGAAGCUUCUUUGAAGGGACGAAAAUUGGAAAAACGGACGAGUUUGACUUUAUGGUCAUUUUGAAGGCACUAUCUGGGGCUGACAAAUUACAAAUACAUGACGGGUGCAAUCCGUGGUAUAAAAAACUGGAACUCAAAAAAGGAGUCCACUUUGGUCAGAGGUAUAUGUGUAAUUGCCACAUGAACAAGGAAACGUAUGGAAACUAUUUAGGGAAUCCUCAAAUACUUGUGGGCAAUUUUUGGAAUAAUAUUUCAUCUGUAUCCAAAUCGAAUCCAUUAUGUAUAGAAAAUUCAAAUGGAAAAUUGUACUCAAAAGUUAAUGAGAAACAAAAAUUACUGUUUAAUUAUACCAGAAAUGCCGGCGUCAACAGAGUCUGGUCUAGUUCCUUUGAACGAUGUGAAUAUUGGCGUGGACCUGAUGAUGGCCAUAAAACACCCCUGUCCAGAAACCAUAGCCUCUCGGUCUUCUUUUCCUUCACAAUUCAAAGAUAUGCUUCACAGCCAUGGCUGCCACAUCAUCACAAAAUCCUGCCACAUUGA